CCUCCUUCAUUACCUGAACCUCCUUCAUUACCUGAAGCUCCUUCAUUACCUGAACCUCCUGCAGCACCUGAACCUCCUGCAGCACCUGAACCUCCUGACGUUAGUUUCAGAUGGAACAAGUCGUCUAGAGGCUCAGACAUGUCACAUGACCUGUGGCCACGAUGCUGAAUCUGCUCCAAGAUGGUUCCACCGACAGACGUGGGGGCCCCACGAGGCCCCGAGGGGGGGAUCUUCUGAGUCUCUGAGCCUCCCGUCCUGCCGAAGUGUCUUUGAGCCUGAACCAGGAAGAGGGAAACCCGAGAGCCAUUCAGCCAACAUGGAGGGGAGGCGGCGUCUUCUCCUCGGCCUCAUCAUAGCAGCGUGUUUCUAUGGUAACACUGCUCAGAGAACAGUCUGCACACAAGAGGCCGUAGCUGACAUCAUCUUCAUGGUGGACGGGUCGUGGAGCAUCGGUACCCUGAACUUCGAGCAGAUCCGUCAGUUUCUUUACACGCUGGUCAACAGCUUCGAUGUCGGGUCUGACCACGUUCGCAUUGGCUUGGUCCAGUACAGCACCACACCUCGCACCGAGUUCCUACUGAACACCUAUCAGGACAAGGCAGACAUCCUCAAGCACAUCAGCAAGUUACCUUACAUGGGGGGCGGCACCCAGACAGGACAGGGCUUGGACUUUAUGAUGAAAGAGCACUUUGUGGAGAGAGCCGGGAGCCGGGCUAACCAGAAGGUGCCGCAGAUCGCUGUGGUGAUCACUGACGGCAAAUCACAAGACAAUGUAGAGUCCCACGCCCAAGAUCUGAAGCGUAAGGGAAUAGUUUUAUAUGCAAUCGGUAUCAAAGAUGCAGACGAAGACCAACUGAAAGAGAUAGCGAAUGAGCCGCACAGCCAGCAUGUCUACAGCGUGUCUGACUUCACUGCUCUGCAGGGAAUUUCUCAGAGCAUUGUCCAGACGCUGUGCACGACCGUGGAAGAAGCCAAACGACAACUCCUGCAAUUGUCUCAAGACUGUGCCAAAGCUACUGUGGCCGACGUCGUUUUCCUCGUCGACGGCUCCUCCAGCAUCGGCAUCCCUAACUUUCAGGAGGGUCAGAGAUUUAUUCGCAGUGUUGCCGAAGGUCUGGACAUUGGCCGUGACAAAGUUCGGGUUGGCUUGGCACAGUAUAGUGAUGAACCUCACCAGGAGUUCCUGCUGAAGGAUCACAUGGACAAGCAAUCCCUGCUUAAUGCAAUAGACGCAUUUCCCUACCGAGCAGGCGGCACUCAAACCGGCAAGGCCAUCAACUUCCUCAUUGACACGUACUUUACAGAAGUGGCCGGGAGCCGCGCCGCACAACGAGUGCCUCAGAUCGCUGUGAUCAUCACAGAUGGGGACUCCACAGAUGAUGUGAUAGAGCCGGCCAAGCGCCUGCGGAAGCACGGGGUGAUUGUUUUCGCCAUCGGGGUCGGAAAUGCCAACAUAAAUGAGCUUCAGUCCAUCGCCAGCAGACCUACAGAGCGCUUCCAAUUCACCAUCCAUAGUUACCAAGCUCUCGCGGCGCUGAAAGAGGUCCUACUGCAAACUGUUUGUGUCUCCAUGGAGGAUCGGAGACAAGCGUUGGCAGAAAGGUUUUCAGACAUUUUCUUCCUCGUGGACAGCAGCUUAAGUCAAGCAGAGUUUCAGCAGAUCAGGAACCUCCUCAACCGACUGAUCAAUCAACUUAAAGUCGGAGAAUCUGCCUACCGUUUUGGCUUGGCUCAGUAUGCUCAAGAUACCAAGGUAGAAUUUUAUCUCAACACUUUCCAAACCAAGGCGGAGACCCUGGCCGCUGUUAAGCGUUUCCGCCUGCGUCCACUGAAACCUAAAGAGCCGUGUAACCUGGGCGGUGCACUGCAGAAUGCAAGCACUCAGUUUUUCACCGUUGAAGCAGGAGGUCGUGCAGAGCAAGGAUACCAACAGUAUCUGGUUGUUAUUGGUGGAAAGAAGUCAAAUGAUCCUGUGUAUAAGCAGUCUCGUCAGGUCAAAGCAGAAGGAGUAACUGUGGUCGGGAUGAGUUUCACUCCAUCGACAGAUAUGCGUGUCAUAGCCACGGCACCAUAUGUCUACGAUUCUAUCAGCAAUGCUGUACCUGUACUGAGAGCUCUCUUUGAAAAACAGGACCAGGAAGCAACUCCUACUGGAGAUUGCAAAGCAGCAAAAUUUGCCGACAUCGUUUUCAUUGUUGAUGUGUCCUGGAGCAUCGGAACUUCCAACUUCCAACUUGUCCGCACUUUCCUCCACUCAAUUGUGAGUGGGUUUGAAGUCAGUGAAUCCAAAGUCAGAGUUGGCAUCGUGUCUUACAGUGACAAGCCCAAAGCAAACAUCUACCUCGACACCUUCGAUAACAAGGAGGAACUGCUGAACUUCAUCAAAAUUCUGCCGUACAAUGGAGGUAAUACAAAGACUGGAGCGGCACUAAAUUACACACGAGACAAUGUCUUUAUCGAGGCGAGAGGAAGCAGGAUAGGGAGUGGCGUUCAGCAGGUGGCGGUCGUGAUCACUGAUGGGGAAUCCCAGGACAAUGUGAGCAGAGCAGCAGCUUACCUCCGUCGGGCUGGAGUCACUGUUUACUCUGUUGGAGUCCAAAAUGCCAACCGGGCCGAGCUGGCAGAGAUGGCGUCUCAUCCCGCCAAUAAGCAUGUGUUUAUUGUUGACAGUUUUGUCAAACUGAAAUCUCUGGAACAGAACCUGCAGAAAGUUCUUUGUGUUAACAUUCUACGUCAAGCCGUCUCCGUCCAAACAAGAAGAACUGAUAUCAAAGAAGGGUGUGUACAAACAGAUGAAGCAGAUAUCUUCUUCCUGAUUGAUCACUCAGGAAGUAUUUGGCCCUCAGACUUCAAUGACAUGAAGAAGUUCAUCAUAGAGUUUCUUAAAACCUUCCGCAUUGGCCCAGAUCAUGUCCGUGUAGGAGUGGCAAAAUAUGCAGAUUCACCAAACUUAGAGUUUGAUCUGACAACUCACAUGGAUGCCAGCACAUUGGAGAAAGCAGUGGAGGGAAUCAAACAAAUAGGAGGCGGGACAGAGACAGGAAAAGCAUUGAAAUUCAUGAGCUCACAUUUUGACAGAGCGGAGACCACCCGAGGACACAAAGUCCCUGAGUACCUGGUGGUCAUCACUGAUGGAAAAUCUGCUGAUGAGGUCAAGGUUCCGGCGAGUGAACUGAAGGCUCAGGGCAUCAUAAUCUAUGCCAUCGGGGUGAAAAGUGCAGAUCAAGAGGAGCUGCUUGAGAUUGCCAGUGAUUCAAAGAAGAUGUUCUUUGUCAAUAAUUUUGAUGCCCUAAAGCCAAUCAAGGAUGAAAUCAUCACAGACAUCUGUUCUCCAAAUGCUUGCAAAGGCAGACCAAGCGACCUCCUCUUUUUGAUUGACAGCUCAGGGAGCAUCGAUUACCAGGACUACAAUAAAAUGAAAGGCUUCAUGAAAUCUGUCAUUGACAAGUCCAUAAUCGCGCAGAACGAGGUGCAUGUUGGUGUCAUGCAGUUCAGCACAAGCCCAAUACUUGUGUUCCCGCUCAACCGCCACUACAGCAAAGAGGACCUGUCCAAAGCCAUUGAUGAUAUGACGCAGCUUGGUGGAGGCACACACACGGGUGAAGCCAUCACAGAUGUGUCGCAGUAUUUUGAUGCAAGCAGAGGAGGCCGUCCUGAUUUGAGCCAGAGGCUGGUGGUGAUAACAGAUGGUGAGGCCCAAGAUCUGGUCAAAGGACCCGCAGAGGCUCUGAGAGCCAAGGGAGUGAUUAUCUAUGCCAUUGGAGUUAUGAAUGCUAACACCACCCAACUGCUGGAGAUCAGCGGUUCAAAAGACAAGGUAUAUGCUGAGCAGAACUUUGACGCAUUGCAGGAGUUGGAGAGCCAGGUGGCUAUGGAGCUCUGUGAUCCAUCGAGAGAGUGUAAGAAGACAGAGAGGGCUGAUAUCAUUUUCCUGGUGGAUGGUUCCACAAGCAUAAACGAGACAGAGUUUAAAAGCAUGCAGAGGUUUAUGGAGUCAAUGGUGAAUCAAUCCACAGUUGGUAAAAACCUGACUCGCUUCGGGGUCAUUAUCUUCUCCAACGAACCCGAAUGCAAUUUCACUCUGAAGCAGUACAGCUCCAAGCGAGAGGUCCGUCAAGCAAUUGAAGCACUGAAGUCCCCAAAUGGAGACACCUACACUGGAAAAGCCUUAAAAUAUUCUUUACCAUUCUUUGAUGCUGAACAUGGUGGUCGAGCUGCUCUCCAGGUGCCUCAGAUUCUCAUGGUGAUCACAGAUGGCGACGCUACUGACCGUUAUACCCUGGUCGCACCAUCAGAGGCACUGCGAGACAAAGGGAUCAGCGUCUUCAGUAUCGGCGUUAAGGGAGCGAACAUCACUCAGCUAGAGAUCAUGGCUGGUCAUGACAAGUCCAGAGUUUUCUUUGUGGACAAAUUUGAAGCCCUGGAAACUCUGUUCAACAAUGUUACUGAAGUUCUCUGCAAUGCCACCAAGCCAGUUUGUGAAAAAGAGAAGGCUGACCUGGUCUUCCUUGUUGACCAGUCUUCCAGCAUCAGCAGGGAGGAUUACACCAUCAUGAAGAAUUUCACAAUUGAGUUAGUGAACAGCUUUAAAGUCGGUGAAGAUUUGGUGCGUGUGGGACUAGCCCAGUUCAGUAGCAGAUUACAGGAUGAGUUUUACCUCAACCAGUUCUACUCUGAACAAUCAGUGACCAAGCACAUCCUGGAUAUGCAGAAGAGUGAUGGAGGAACCAACAUUGGACUGGCCUUGGAUUCCAUCAGGGAAUAUUUUGAAGCAUCACGGGGAAGUCGUAUAUCUGCCGGGAUCUCCCAGAAUCUGGUGCUGAUCACAGAUGGCGAAUCACAGGAUGAUGUGGUAGGUGCAGCCCAACGUCUCAGGGCUCUGGGGAUUGAGAUCUUUGCCGUCGGCAUCGGAAAUGCCCAUGACCAGGAGCUCGUGCAGAUUACUGGCAGCCCAGAGAGGCGCUUUAAUGUGAAGAACUUUGGUAGCUUGGAGACGAUCAAACAAAAAGUGGUGAACACCAUCUGCAAAUCCAAACCCGGCGACACACCCGAGAAGGGCUGCACCAUCGAUAUCGCCAUGGGAUUUGAUAUUUCUAGCAGAACUGGAGCUCCUGGUGGAAAGCUCGUCAGCGGCCACACCAAGCUCGAGGCUUUCUUACCAGUUAUUGGCCGUUACGUUUCUUCAGUAUCAGGCCUAUGCUGCGUCGGCACCUCACCUAUUAAGACCAAAAUCGCCUUCCGAGUGGUGAGUCCUGAUGGGCGCUUCCUGUACGACUCCAACUUUGAUGUCCACCGUGAAGACGUGGUGAAUAAAGUCAUGGCUGUGAAUUUGACGGAACCUACUCGUUUCAACACCGCCCUGCUGAAAUCCUUUGGGGAAAAGUUCAGUGACCAGUCCAGAGCUGAAGUGAAGGUGCUGGUGAUCUUCUCUGACGGACUUGAUGAAGACGAGAUGAAGCUGAAGCAUGAAUCAGAGCUGCUGCGAAAGUCUGGCAUCAGCGCUCUGCUGGUCGUGGCUCUGGAGGGAGUGCGUGACUCCGCCCAGUUGCAGAUGGUCGAGUUCGGCCGAGGAUUCGGCUACAACCUUCCUCUGAGCAUCGGCAUGCAGAGUGUGGGCAGUGCCAUCCUCAAACAGAUUGACACCGUGUCGGACAGGGAGUGCUGCAACGUCAUGUGCAAAUGUUUGGGACACGAAGGCAUCCGAGGCUCUCGGGGGCCCCCGGGGUCAAAGGGUUCGUCUGGACAGAAGGGUUAUCCCGGCUUCCCAGGAGAGGAGGGCGUCGCUGGCGAGCGAGGGGGUCCCGGGCCGAGCGGACCGCAGGGUAUGCAGGGAUGCUCUGGGCUCAGAGGACCAAAGGGCUACAGAGGCCUCCGGGGGAACAGGGGUGAAAACGGCGAGGACGGACUGGACGGAGUCAACGGAGAACAGGGUCUGACGGGAAAUAAAGGAGACCCAGGAGAGAGAGGAGACCCAGGAAACCCAGGUAUCCCAGGUAUCAGAGGAGAGGCGGGGCUAAAAGGACAGCGAGGGCUUAGAGGAGAUCCGGGUGAAUCAGGCGCUGACAACACAACACCAGGAUCCAAAGGGGAACCCGGCAACCCGGGUUUACCGGGAUCACCUGGAGAGGACGGAAAUUCCGGUGAGAGCGGAAUAGUUGGAAACCUGGGCCCAGAUGGAAGGAGAGGGCCGCCUGGUGAGAAGGGGGCCUCUGGUCGGCCAGGAGAUGCAGGAGUCCCAGGCAGCCCCGGAGCUUCUGGUCCACAGGGUUCCCGAGGGGUCAGAGGUCAACCUGGGCCGAGAGGAGGCGCUGGACUUCCCGGACCCCAGGGAGGACCGGGAGUGGCUGGAGCGCCGGGAUCCGUGGGGCGGCGUGGAGCUAACGGACAGAAG